UGCAGCCGGAGCCGCAUGACGCGCGGAGGAGGCAGCGGGAGCCGCCGGAGCCGCAGAAGCCGGGAUCAGGGCGCCGUGCGCGGGGGGUGGGCGCCGCUCGCUCCGCCCAGCGAAGCCCCUGCGCGCCCAGGGACGCAUCCCCCCCGCGGCAGCCGCGCCAGGCUCGGCGGUGUGGCCGCCGCCGCCGCCGCUGCCAUGUCCCCGGGGAAGCCCGGGGCGGGCGGAGCGGGGACAAGGCGGACCGGCUGGAGGAGGAGGAGGCGGAGGCGGUGGCUGGAGGCGGCGACGAGGGCGCCGGGGCUCGGGCGCACGGCGGGGCCCGACUCGCGCGUCCGGGGCACGUUCCAGGGCGCGCGGGGCAUGAAGCCGGCGGCGCGGGAGGCGCGGCCGCCUCCGCGUUCGCCCGGGCUGCUCUGGGCGCUGCCGCCGCUGCUGCUGCUGUUGCGCCUGGGCCAGAACCUGUGCGCCGCCGCCGAGGACUGCUCCCGCUGUGAUACGAUUGGGUUCAGACCUACAGCCAGUGAGAUUCGUUCUAUCAAGGCACCAGGAAACUUUUCAGUAAUAAAUGUAACUGAUUCGAGUGGCCAAGUUCAAUGGCUUCCCCAAGCAGAUGGUGAGACUUCAUUUUCAGGGCUGGCUCCUGGGACCACCUAUCUUUUCACCUUUACGAAUGGCUCCAGUACUUGCUGCCAAGAAAUGCAAAUAGAACCCAGUCCUACGAAAGCUGUUACCAUCAGGCCAACCAGUGUGGCCCUAACUUGGAAAAAUGACCCAACAGCUUCCAAUUACACAGACAAAGGAGAGAGUGAGAUGGUAGCUGGACAGAGGGGUCUUGCAAAUCAAACAAGUGGUAACAGCACAGAUUCAAGUCCAGGAAGCAAUGGGACCUCAGGAAAUCCCACAGCAGAGCCAAGUACAGUUUCUGAUCUUCGUGUUACCUUCGUGGGUGUGACACAAGCUGCCCUCGCCUGGAAGAAUGAUAACAUCACGGCCACCUGCCGGAUGCUCCUUGAAAGCCAAACGCCCCCUCAGAAUUUGGCGGUCAAUAUUUCAGACCUGAAGCCAGGAAUUCGUUACAAGGUCACCCUGUAUCUUUCAGAAUCGAGUGAGACUCAGAGAGACCUCCUGGUUACAGAAAAUGGCUUAGAUGCCAACAACACAGACAGCUUGUCCCAGCCACUCAGGAGCCCUGGCGUCCCUGGGUACAAAUACCGACUGGAAUCUGCAGACCUGCCCUCCGACCCUUCUCUGACCCCGGACACCACGGAAGUCCUGGUUUGGGGGUUAAAGUCUGAUGCAGGGUACAAGGCCACUGUUUAUCCCCGGGCAGCAGAUGGCCCCGAAGGACACCCCCAGGCCACAGAGUUCAAAACAAAUUCCAGUCAGGUUUUUGAUAUUAAAGUUGUGAACAUCAGCGCCACCAGCUUGACCCUGACCUGGAAGAUCAAUGAUCAUGAGCCGUCCUCCGUCUAUACCUAUGAGAUACAGGUUGCUGGCGAGACAGAUUCCUUCAAUCUCACUGUCAAUGAGACUCAGGCCGUCCUCACUCCACUCAGAUCGAGUUCCUUGUACAACAUCACGGUGUGUCCUCUCCUCGACGGUGGUUCCACGGGCACGCCGGGCUUUCUCCAGGUGUACACCCCCCCCAGUCCAGUUUCUGACUUCCGAGUGACAAGUGUCAGUGCAAGGGAAAUUGGCUUAGCGUGGAGCAGCAAUGACUCUAAUUCCUUUAGGAUAUAUACCACACAGAGUGCAACUGGGAAAGCUCAGGAGGAGACAACCACCAACCAGAGCAUUGUCAUUGGUGGCUUAUACCCUGGCACCACAUAUCGUUUUGACAUUCUUCCACAAGGACCGAAUGGGACUCAAGGGGACUCCCAAACAGUUUCCACUAGAACUGACUCCAGUGCGGUGUUUGACAUCCGGGUGGUUAACGUCACCACGACCGACAUGCAGUUGAAGUGGCAGAAUACCGACAGUGCUCCUGGGUACCUCUACCUGGUACGCGUACAGUCUGAGCACAGCGUUCAUGAGAUGAACAGUUCCCACGAAGCCAUCACUCUCGGGGGCCUGAUCCCUGGCACCUUAUAUAACAUCACGAUCAUCCCCGAAGUGAACCACGUCCAGGGGAACGCCAGUGCCACAGCCCAGUACACACGGCCCAGCAAUGUGUCCAACGUUAAAAUAAGUACCAACACCACGGCAGCAACCUUAACUUGGGAGAACUUUGAUGAAGCCUCUUCCAGGUACACCUACCGCCUUCUGAUUGAGCAGGAAGGAAAUGCCAGCAAGACAACGCAGAUAGUCACCGGCACUGGCAUCACCAGUGCUACAGUCACCGAGUUAAUACCUGGCUACUCAUACAUAGUAGAGAUCUUCUCACAGGUGGGGGAUGGCACUGAGUCACUGGCACCUGAUCGGCAGUCAUUCUGUACAGAUCCGGCACCUGUAGCCUCCUUCCACUGUGAGGUGGUCCCCAGAGAGCCAACCUUGGUCCUCAAGUGGCCCUGCCCUUUUGGCACCAACACAGGCUUCAUGCUGGAGGUCAGCAAUGGAGGCUGGAGAAACAUGACAUACCUGGAGAGCUGCUCCUCAGAGAAUGGCUCUGAGUACAGGACGGAGGUCACGUAUUUGAAUUUUUCUACCUCGUACAACAUCAGCAUCACUGCCUUGUCCUGUAAUGGCUCCAAGAUGGCAGCGCCCACCCAGAACACCUGCCUCACUGGCAUCACAGCUCCCCCUUCUCCUGAUGGAUCCCCUAAUAUUACAUCUGUCAGUCACAAUUCGGUAAAGGUCAAAUUCAGCGGGUUUGAAGCCAGCCAUGGACCCAUCAAAGCCUAUGCUGUCAUUCUUACCACUGGGGAAGCUGUUCACCCGUCGGCAGAUGUUUUGAGAUACACCUACGAAGAUUUCAAAAAGGGGACCUCGGACACUUAUGUGACAUACCUCAUAACAACAGAAGAACAGAAACGUUCUCAGGGCUUGUCUGAAGUCUUGAAAUAUGAAAUCAACGUUGGAAAUGAAUCCACCACACAUGGCUAUUACAAUGGGAAGCUGGAACCUCUGGGCUCCUAUCGGGCUUGUGUGGCCGGCUUCACCAAUAUCACCUUCAACCCUCACAGCGAUGGACUCAUAGACGGGAAUGAGAGUUAUGUGUCCUUCAGCCGCUAUUCAGAUGCUGUUUUCUUGCCCCAGGACCCAGGUGUCAUCUGUGGAGCAGUUUUUGGAUGUAUCUUUGGUGCUCUGGUGAUCGUGGCCGUGGGAGGUUUCAUCUUCUGGAGGAAAAAAAGGAAAGAUGCAAAGAACAAUGAAGUGUCCUUUUCUCAGAUUAAACCUAAAAAAUCCAAGUUAAUCAAAGUAGAAAAUUUUGAGGCCUACUUUAAGAAACAGCAAGCUGACUCCAACUGCGGGUUUGCAGAGGAAUACGAAGAUCUGAAGAUUGUUGGAAUUAAUUUACCUAAAUACGCAGCUGAACUGGCCGAGAAUAGAGGAAAGAAUCGCUAUAAUAAUGUUCUGCCCUAUGAUACGUCCCGUGUCAAACUUUCAGUCCAGACCCAUUCAGCUGAUGACUACAUCAACGCCAACUACAUGCCUGGCUACCAUUCCAAGAGGGAUUUCAUUGCCACACAAGGACCUUUACCCAACACUUUGAAGGAUUUUUGGCGAAUGGUUUGGGAGAAAAAUGUCUAUGCUAUUGUCAUGUUAACCAAAUGUGUUGAACAGGGAAGGACGAAAUGUGAGGAGUACUGGCCCUCCAAGCAGGCUCAGGACUACGGGGACAUAACUGUGGCAAUGACGUCAGAGAUUGUCCUUCCAGAAUGGACCAUCAGAGACUUCACAGUGAAAAAUAUUCAGACAAGUGAGAGUCACCCUCUGCGUCAGUUCCAUUUCACCUCCUGGCCUGACCACGGGGUUCCCGACACCACUGACCUGCUCAUCAAUUUCCGGUACCUUGUUCGUGACUACAUGAAACAGAGUCCUCCAGAGUCACCGAUUCUGGUGCACUGCAGUGCUGGGGUGGGAAGGACAGGCACUUUCAUUGCCAUCGAUCGUCUUAUCUACCAGAUAGAGAACGAGAACACUGUGGACGUGUACGGGAUUGUGUACGACCUCCGAAUGCACAGGCCUUUAAUGGUGCAAACAGAGGACCAGUAUGUGUUCCUCAACCAGUGUGUUUUGGAUAUUAUCAGAUCCCAGAAGGACUCUAAAGUAGAUCUCAUCUACCAGAACACAACUGCAAUGACAAUCUACGAAAACCUUGCACCAGUGACUGCAUUUGGAAAGACAAACGGUUACAUUGCCUGAUUCCAAAGGAAAAUCUUUCUGGAGCUAACCGGACCGUCACACCCACAGCAAAGGAAAAUGCCCCGAUGUUGACAUGUUUUUAUAUGUCUAAUAUCCUAAUUCUUUGUUCUGUUUUGUUAGAACUAAUUCGAAAGUGUGACGCUGCACAUGUAAAGCAUGACAGAUGAGAAGCUGGGGCUCUAGGGGCUGUGGAUGGGUGGUGAGCCAGUCGACUACAUUCCUGAUGACCAAUGAGAUGAGUUCACUUUUUUUUUUUUUCUUUUUUCGUGAAAAUUACGGAACACCAGAAAAAGUGAGCUAUGAUUUUUUUUUUUUCUUUUCCAAGACAUUCUUUUUAAAAAAGACUAUUUUAUAUGACUCACAUGCUAAAGCCAGGAUUGUGUUGGGUUGAAUAUAUUUUAAGUAUCAGAGGUCUAUUUUUACCUACUGUAUCUUGGAAUCUAGCUGAUGGAAAAGACAUAAUUGUGGAUGCUUAUCAUGUGGGAUGGGGGUGGGGGUACAUGGUGCCUCUUCCGCCUGGGUUUUCUAUUUGAACAUGUGCCUUUUCUGAAUUAUGCUUCCACAGGCAAAACUCAGUAGAUAUUUCUAUUUUUGUAUUGAAUCUCAUAAUUGGAAUAUGUGGAAUAUUUAAACAGUAGUUUAGUAUCAGAGGUUGAGCCUUCGCGGUCACAUUCCUGCUCAUAUCGGAUUAGAGGAAGUCUCCCCCACCCCCACGUCUCCCAUUCCCUGUUUACUGCUCUAUUCUUUCUUCCCUUUUCCCCCUCCUGUUUUCCCCCAGAGACAUGUCUGAUGGCCACACUUUCUGCCCAUUGGUUAAGCGAGAGUGAAAACUAAACAUCACCCUGCGAAUUUCGGGGUGGGGGCGGGGCAAAGCAGAGAAACCCUCCAGCGACACAGUUAUCUCCUAUUGUCCCUGUUUUAUCCUUUUUUUUUUCUUUUUUUCUCAUUUCUGUAUUUGGUAAGAAGGAUUAUUUAAAGGUGCAAUAUGUGACUUAGUGAUUCACAAUGCUCUAGGUUUUUAGUAACGUUUUACUCAGGUUGGCAUUUUGUGUGUCUGUGUGUCCGUGUAUGUGUGUUUGUGUGUAUGUGUUUAAAAGCGUGGCAAUCUGUGAACGCUUCCGUGUGAAAACAGUCAGAUAACCCCCCUCCUUCCUCCAAGUCUACUGGCUUUAGUCUGUAUCUGCAGUGACACAUAUCCGUACCUACUGUGUGUAUAUAUAUAUAUAUACACUAAACUCUUAAGACAGUCGUUCCUUUGAAUUGAGGUGUACAAAGUUCGAAUUUGUAUCAAAGAUGUAAUUAUUAUUUUUAAAACCUCUUUUCACUCUACUGCUGCUGUAAUUACUUUUUUUAAAAAAAUGCAGAUUAAUUUUUGUUUUUGUUUUUUUUUGUGGCUUCAGGUGUGUAUCUACCAAGAAUUGCAGAAUCUAUGUGGAUUUAUUUUAUGGGUACAUAAUCUGUAAACGUCUCAAGGCAUUAACAUGAAAGGAUUGGUUUCUUUUUAAUUUUAUAUUGUGGCUCAGGUUAUAUUUUGAAGAUGUGUGGAGUUUCUCCUCUAAUAGGCAAUGAAGUAUAUACAAGGUCUGAUGAAGGAAUUACCACGUCCCUGGGGUCCUGUGGCCCCGUUGCCCACGGUGAUCAAUCCUGCUGCGAACGUAGGACAGGGCGUCCUAUGGAAGACGGGAGCGGGGGCUUCUCCGAGUGCCCUGGUCACGGUGGACCAGUUGGAGCCGGUGACCCUGCCAUGCUCCUCAGCUCACCAGCACUUUGAUUACGGACUAGUCAGUGAGUGGGUAUUUUAGGGUUAGGAAGGGUGAAUCACCGCGUCCGGAAAGCGCUUGAUUUUCGAUUCACAGGUCAAGUGCUGUCCGUCUUUUGCCUCCCUUUCCUUUCGAGGUACUUCAAGGAAUAAAGAAGUGGUGACGGCGUUGCGUUUUGGGAGAACCUUACUUCCCAAAUGGAAAUUGCACUUUUGGCUGACUCCUUUUCUCCCUUUGGUCACAAGCAGUUCAUUCUGUCGCAAGCCCUUCCAGGGGUGGGCCGGCCAGGCCGGUUGGCUCCGCAGGUCUGCAUCACGGAUGCCCCGCGGGCCCCGGGGUGUUGGGUGCAGCUGGGUGUGGGCGGAUGGCUUCCGGGCCUGCACAAGUGGCCUGCCCCUGGCACGCAAGCCUUGCAGAGCUCUGUGACUUCUUCAGAGGUCCCUGUUCAUGCGGCAGUUCUGUGCGCCACACCCCUUCCCACUCCAGUUCCUCAGGAAACCAUGGUGAUGGGGGCCGGGCGUCAAAUCCCACGUGGACGUACGCCCCGCCCACAGCACUGCCGCUGCCAGAGAAGUGCAGGACUUGACUCAAAAAAUUCCCUUAAAAGAGUAAAGUUACAUCAACAUGUUAGAAAAAUGCAAAAAAAAAAAAAAAAAAAAAAAAUCACCCCAGAACUCGUCCUCCCUUAUGCCUAGUGUGGGCCUAGGUAAGGGGCAGCGGCCCUGCCAGCCCUGCUCAGACGUCAGUCCCAAUCCUGGGAGGAAGGCUUCUCUCGAGAGGUCUGGAUUCCAAAUGAGCAGGUCACACGAAGGUCAUCGUGCUUCUUUGCAUCCUGGACAGGCCUGGGGACGCCCGAGGUUGGGGGGGGGUGUGAGGGUAUUUAUAGGACAGCAAUUGAAAAGGGAAACUUAAUGUGUAAAUAUAAAGGACACACGGGCUGGGGAGGGGGGGUUGGUCCCAGAAAAAGAAGCUGGUUUUGAGCUCCAGCCUGGAACCUUCCCAGGAACAAGGAAGUGAAAUUUAGAGUCCAGUGGAAUGGUGGGCUUGGUGUCAUCACCCCUGCUUAGUAUCUUACAAUGGGCAUAGGGGACAGCCAGCCAGGGUGGGAUGGGUUGGUUUGGGGGACUGGGACCAUUGAUAUCUUCUCCCAAGUUCAAGGACGUUUUGCCUGCAAAGUUAAAUCUAGCGAUGAUUGACAGCUGUAGGCAAUGACUGGUGGGUCUGUUCCCUGUGGCCAUGUGAUGACCUCCAGCCAGAUUUUGGCAUGAUUGACUCUGCUGGGUUUGGGUACCAUCAAGUCAGAGGCUCCUGGGGGCGUUGGGACCAGCUCUGCAGCUGAUUCAUGUUUGCUUUUCAUCCGGGAUGAAAAUGCCUGGUUUUCUUUGGAAAUGCUUGAUUGCACUUGCCGAGCUAAACAAGUCUUGGUGACUGAUGCUGAUUUGCCGCCAAAGCCCAAGUUCUGAGUUUUCAGACAAUGUGUCAGCAGUCAGUAUUCAACAUACUAUAGCUCUUUUCCCUUGGGGGCACCCUAUGAAGAGGAUGUGUUGAUGUGGACUCUAAAACUGUAAUUUUCUUGUAACUAUUUUGGAAUGAUGCAUAUUUCUAAUGUUUGUUAUACCUGUACAGAGUUAUUGCUGUUGGUUGCUUCUUUGUUUGUUUGUUUUUUAAGGGAAAAAAAA